AUGGAGUGCGAUAUCUGUGGCAAAGGCCUCAACCCCAAGGUCCCCUUGAACUGCCCAACGUGUGCGCGCGCCGCCCUCUACCCUUUUCGCAUCGCCCAGGCAACGACUCUGCUGGACAGGGAGACGCUGGGCUAUCAUGUCGAAGCCGUGGCAACCGGCGCCGAUGAUCAAGCCGGACAGGCCGUUUCACUUGGAGAGACGCUCGUCGACACGCAUGAGAGCUCCAAAAGGGCCGCUGUCGAGCAACGUCGUACCGCAACGGCAGAGAUAGAAGAGCGCAUCCGCUACAUUACCGAGCGUAGCGAGUCCCUACAGAAGCAGAUAGACGAAGGCAAGAGGGAAAUCGCUGCUAGGAAGGCAGCCAUCGCUCAGCGCCGCUCUGACUUGGAGUCAGCCACUUAUAAUAUCGAGAAACGCAGGUCGAAAGAGCUGGACACCGUGAAAGAAGUCAUCAAGGCCGUUCGAGCGGCAGACGAUCUAGGCCACAAAGAAGACGUCUAUGGCAGGGCCUGGCACUGCAAAAAGGCUGCUGAUGUUGCCGGACUGAAGCAGAGAAGACGGAGGUCGCGCGACGGCUCGGUCAAGAUGGAGUACUACAUUGGCGGCAUACGCAUCUUGGAUCUGCGGGAUCUCAACACUGCUCCUCCUUCCCAAAUCACGGCAUCCUUGACCCUUCUAGCAGGCUUAGUCGUCCGUGUGUCAAACUAUUUGGCGGUGCGUCUACCUGCCGAGAUCACCCUUCCGCAUAAGGACUAUCCACUCCCCACCAUAUUCUCUCCCUCUUCCUCGUAUAUGUAUAAAGAUGUACCAUUCCCCGGUAGUACACCCUUUCAGUCAUCUAGCAACAGUCCUGAAGACUCUCGGACACUGGAGCACCAACGGCCUCUACCCCGUCCAAGAUCUCUGUACAUUGAUCGUAAGCUGCCCAUGCUUGCGGCAGAGGACUCCUCAGCAUAUUCGCUAUUCUUGGAAGGGGUUACGCUCCUCUCCUGGGACAUUGCAUGGCUAUCUCGCUCGCAGGGCAUGAACAACACGUUUAAUGAGUGGGAAGACAUAUGUCCGCUUGGAAAGAACCUGUGGCAGCUUUUGAUUGAGAGUACCCAGGCGACAAUGUCUGCAGUGGACAAGGAAAAGAAAGAUGGACCCAUGGCCAAGGGCGACUUCAGAUUUCCAGCAAGCAGUCGUUCUCUCGCGUCAACACCGGAGAUCGGCUUGGGCUCAUACUCGCACGGUACAGCAAAGGGUUUUCUUGGGAACGCCGAAGGUGCGAGCUUCAUGAAGGGGUGGAAGCUGCAGACACCGGCAAGGGCUGUCGACAAGCUCAGAUCGCAUCUCCUGGCGGAGAUGCAGGGUGCAGAAUGGGAAAUGCUGGACGAAAAGGAGUUCGAGAAGGAAGAAGAAGCAGACACGGAUGGACAGAGCAAGCCGAGAGGAGUGAAUGGGUGGACGAAGCUCAAGAGUCGUAAUGAGGAGACAAAAACGGCAUGA